AUGUCAGACGGCCCCAAAGCUCCGAGAAUAGCGAUCAGCUUGGGGGGCUCCUCGAGCUCAAAAAAUAACAAGAAAUCUUCUCGCCCAGACCCACCAUCAUCACUAGGCAAGCGACCCCGAACGAAUGCACUCAACAACACCUUCGACUCGGACUCGGACGGCGACCACGAUGGCGGCCGCGAACGGCACGAGGCGAUCACGGAGUUUGGCGGCGAAUCCAAACAGAAAGAGAAACCCCGAGAACUGGUGAUCGAGAAGCAAGGAAACCGUGACUGGAAGUCAGAACUGCGCGCGCGCAGAGGCGGCAAGAACCUGCUGCCUGCAGAGGUGCAGGCCCAGCAGCGACACCAACAUAAUGCUGUGAAACAGCCGUCUGAUCGUGAACUCGCCGAUGCGGACAAGGAAAUACAGUGGGGCUUGACCAUCAAGAAGCGCAAGACGAGCGAAGAGGAUGCGACAGACCCUGUCAAGGAUGCGACGGCAGAAAGGCCCGAGGAGGAGGAUCGUUCACAAGUGAAGGCCCCGCGGACCGCAGACGAAGACGCCAUGGAUGCUCUCCUCGGGAAGAAGCGUCGCGAGGAGGAGGACAUUAUCAUCCAAGCGACGGAGCAGGACGCCUACCUAUCCGACAUCAAGCACGUGGGCGAGGACUCGACGCUCGCAGACUACGAGGCGAUACCUGACGGCGAGUUCGGCGCUGCGCUACUGCGCGGCAUGGGUUGGGACGGCAAGUUGCGCGGGCCGAAGAAGAAGCAGCCGACGGAGCGCCGGCAAAACCAGCUUGGUCUGGGGGCCAAGAAGCUGGAGGGCGCAGAGGAUCUGGGGCAGUGGAAUCAGGGGAAGAAGAAGAACAGCCGGCCAAGGCUGGACGAGUAUCGUCGCGAUGAGGAGAAGAAGCGAAACGAGCGCAAAGAGCGGAGGGGAGAGAGUUACAGGGAUGAAAGGGAUCGCGAGCGUGAACGGGAAAGGGAUCGGGAUAGGCACGGGCACCGUGAUAGGGACAGGGACAGAGAUCGAGAUUACUACAGCUCGAGGCAUCGGAGCGGCGACUCGAGACGAUGA